AUGGAGCCCGCCGGGUGGGUGGCCGGGCUUGUGGCGGAGAGCUUCUUCGUGGCGUGCCCCGCGCACGAGUCCCGCAAGAAGAACGAGCGCAACAUCUUCUGCCUCGCCUGCUGCGCCAGCAUCUGCCCGCACUGCGCCCCCGCGCACCGCCACCACCCGCUCCUCCAGGUGCGGCGCUACGUGUACCAUGACGUCGUCCGCCUUGGCGACCUCGAGAAGCUCAUCGACUGCUCCUGUGUUCAGACCUACACGAUCAACAGUGCCAAGGUGAUCUUCCUGAAGCCGAGGCCUCAGUCCAGGCCUUUCAAGGGCUCCGGCAACAUCUGCCUCACAUGUGACAGGAUCCUCCAGGAGCCAUUCCACUUCUGCUCCCUCUCUUGCAAGGUGGAUCAUGUGAUGAUGCAGGGAGGGGACCUGUCCAACAUCCUGCAGUACUAUGGCGGCGGUGGCGCGGCGGCGGACCCGGACCACCCGGACCACCUCACCUUUCCGAGGUUCGAGAACCUCCGCGUCGACAGCUCGGACCUCGACGACGACACCGACGGCGGGCAGGUCACCCCGAACUCGACCCUCGAGGACCCGACGCAGCGCUACGGCAAUGGCGGUGGUGGCGGCGGGGGAUCAAGCGACAAUGGUGGUGACACUACUAGGGUGGACGGCGGUGUGCGGCGUGGCGGCGAGGCGGCCAAGAGAAAGAAAGGGGGAGGGUUCUUCCCCCAGAUCGUGCUGUCACUCGGCGGCGGUGGCAACAGGAGGAAGGGUGCCCCCCACAGGUCCCCUCUGGCCUAA